AGGCGGUGGCUGGUCGGGGGAGCGGGGCGGGCUGGGAUCGUAGCGGCGGCUGGGAGUCGAGUCCGGAGCAUGGCGCGGACCGCGGCGGCCGCUCCUCCCACCCGCGGGGAACUUUCCGCUGCUGCCGCGGAUGCUGCCUCGUCCUCUCCGCGGCGGCCCCCGGCGCUGCCCGGCCCGGCGCUGCUGGGGCUCGGGCUGCUCCUCUGCUGCGGUGCCUUGGCUGGACCAGUGGUUGAUCCACAUGUAACAGCAGUUUGGGGGAAGAAUGUCACACUGAAAUGCAUAAUUGAAAUAAAUGAAACAAUAACACAAAUCUCAUGGGAGAAGAUACAUGGUAAAAGUACACAGACCAUUGCUGUUCAUCAUCCUGAAUAUGGGUUUUCUGUUCAAGGAGAAUACCAAGGAAGAGUGUCAUUUAAGAACUACUCACUUACUGAUGCAACUAUCAUCCUAAACAAUAUAAGCUUCUCUGAUUCAGGAGAAUAUGUAUGCAAAGCAGUUACAUUCCCACUAGGAAAUGCUCAGUCAUCAACAACUGUAACUGUAUUGGUUGAACCCAUUGUGAGCCUAACAAAGGGACCAAACUCUUUAAUAGAUGGUGAAAAUCAGACAAUAGCAGCCAUUUGUACAGCAGCCACUGGAAAACCUGCUGCAGAUGUUGAUUGGGAAGGUGGUCUUGGAGAAAUGGAAUCCCGUUCUACUUUAUUUCCAAAUGAAACUGUGACAGUUGUCAGUCAGUACAAACUCAUACCCACCAAAUUUGCCAGAGGAAGACGCAUAACUUGCAUUGUGAGGCAUCCAGCUUUGGAGAAGGAGAUGAGAUAUCCUUACACAUUGGACAUACUAUAUGCCCCUGAAGUUUCAGUAACUGGAUAUGAUGGAAACUGGUUCAUUGGAAGAGAGCAUGUUCAGCUCCGGUGUAAUGCUGAUGCAAAUCCACUGCCCAUGGAAUUUACAUGGACCAGGUUGGAUGGGCAAUGGCCUGAAGGUUUAAUAUCUUCAAAUAAUACUCUGCAUUUCAACAGUCCAUUGACUUACAAUUAUACUGGGACUUAUGUCUGUAAGGUGACCAAUUCCCUUGGACAAAGAAGUGAUCAAAAGACUAUCUACAUAUUGGAUCCUCCUACUACUACUACACGACCACCCACGAUUCUAUGGCAUCCUUCAACUGAUGGCAUCACAGGUUUAGCAACAGAACCAAAACUAAUACAUUUUCCAACAUCAACCUUGCCAGCAAUGCAGGAAGACAAUUGGGGUAUCAUCAUCGCUAGUGCAGUGGGUGGGGCGCUCUUUCUGAUGCUUGUAAGUGUUUUGGUUGGAAUUAUCUGCUAUAGGAGAAGACGGACGUUCCGUGGUGACUACUUUGCUAAGAACUACAUUCCACCAUCAGAUAUGCAAAAAGAGUCUCAAAUAGAUGUUCUCCAGUCAGAUGAUGUGGAUUCUUACCCUGACAGUAUAAAAAAAGAAAUAAAACAUCCAGUGAACAGUCUAAUAUCAAAAGAUUAUUUAGAAGACCCAGACAAACCAGAGUGGAACAAUGUAGACCAUAUUAACAGGUACCAAGAACGCUAUGAAAGACCAAUGGAUUAUUAUGAAGGAGGAACACUGGGAAUGAAGUACAUGGUUGGCGAAUGUUAUGAUGACAAUGAAGAAGACUUUGUGUCACAUGUAGAUGGCUCAGUAAUAUCCCGGAAGGAGUGGUAUGUGUAGUAACCACUGAUACCUUAACUUGAUUCAUACAGUUCCAUUCAUUAGUUGAUCACUUUCAGGUUGUUUAUAUUUUUACUUGAGGAAAAACAAGCUUUUUGAAGUUGAUUUUCAAGCUUUUGAUAUUGUAAAAUUCUGGGUUAAAUGUAUCUGAGCUGCUUUAUGAUUUUUCAAUGCUGUACUACUGUCUUUGAAAAUAUUGGAAUGUUGAUGCAUAAUGCUUUAUUUGUCUACAGCACAUGUAAGAACCAAGUGCUAAAUUAAAGUUACCAUACAACUUUAGAGUUAAAAAGCAACUGUCUUGGCUUUGUGAUUUAAAAACAGUUUACCUGAGACUAUGAUCAAGUAUAAUCUUUGUUAAGCAUAUGGUUUUUAUAUAUAUAUCUCACACACGCACACACAUAUAUUUUAGACAAACAAGUGAAUUAGUCUCAAAGCUGAAGUUUAUCUAAGGUAAAUUCAAUUCUUAAAAGUAAUUUUUACCAUACAAAAACAUGGAUUUGCUUAAAUCUGUUUUUUCAAAGGUAUAUUUUACUUUUCUACACAAAAAUGAAUACCUCUUUGUUUUAAUGAGCCUUCCUGUAAUAUGAUGUGCAUAGUUAGUGGUAACUUUUAAAGAAAACACGUUGCAUUGAAAAAGUUAGAAUUCUCAGUGAAGGAGUUUAAGGAAUAACAAUGACUCUAUGGAAGGUUUUGUCUUGUAGCUGAUUUUUGAGAACCAUUUUUUACACUACAGUUCAUUUCCAAAAAGUUCUAUUACAGUCUAUGUACAGAAUUUGUCAGUUAGUCCUGUACUUCACAUGAGAUCAAAAACUGAUU